UUGCCUGGCAGGAGAGCGCGCUCUCUGCGUGCGUGUGUGUGUUUAUGGUGUGUGCGCGCUUGCUGCGUGUGAGUUUGUGGUGUGUGAGAGGCGGUUGAGCGGAGCAGGCGUGACUCCGAAAUAGGUGCAGGUUUUUGGGGAAAAAGAAACGAAAGAAUCUGCUCUGGAGCUAUGAGAGUUGAACAACAUUGCGGGCAUGGGGAUACCUCUGCAAAUCCGACCCAGUUGGUGAUCAACCAGCUGAGAGAAAUAACCGGCGUCCAGGAUCUGCAGGUUCUGUGGGGAGCUUUGAAGGCCAGCCAAGGAGACUUGAGCAGAGCCAUCAGCCUGCUGACUGCCCAGUCUGAGGAGGGGCCCGUGCCAGAGGAGAGCACCAUUGCAGACGGCACGGGGGGCAUCUGGGUCACCAAGAAACAGGUUGUUGACAUGGCCCCAGGUGGGGCUAAGGAUGACCUUCAGACGGCAAUAGAGCUGAGCUUGCAAGAGUCCCAAAAUGCCCAGGCAGAAGAAAUAGAGCUUAUCAGGGCCCUGGAGGUCAGCGCGGAGGAGAACGCCGCACGGAUGAAGAGGAGGAGGUGCGAGGCGUCGGGAGAGACCUCCAGCCCUGCCGACUGGAUCCGGCAGGAGGACUGGCCCGUGGGAAUGCGCAACGUGGGCAACACAUGCUGGUUCAGCGCCGUCAUACAGUCGUUGUUCCACCUGCCGGUGUUCCGCAGACUGGUCCUCAACUACCGCCUCACAGAGAACCUGCUGCAGAAGUGCAAGAGCCACUCGGAUAAGAGGAACAUUGCUUUCAUGCAGGAGCUGCGGUGUCUGUUCGCCCUCAUGGUGGGGUCCACCCGCAGGUUCGUGGACCCCUCUGCCGCUGUGGAGCUCUUGAAGGACGCCUUCCGCACCAGCGAGGCCCAGCAGGAUGUGAGCGAGUUCACCCACAAGCUACUUGACUGGCUGGAGGAUGCCUUUCAGCUGGCGGCUAAUGGAAACAAUCCCGAUGAUAAGCAAGAUAAUCCGAUGGUUCAGCUGUUCUAUGGAACAUUUGUGGCAGAGAGGAUGCACGAAGGCAAAACCCUCUCCAAUAUUGAACAGUUUGGUCAGUACCCUUUGCAAGUGAAUGGAUUCAACAAUUUGGAUGAGUGUCUGGAAGGAGCCAUGGUGGAGGGGGAGAUCGAAGCUCUGCACUCUGAUCAAACCACUUCCUCCGGGCGAGAACGAUGGUUCUCAAAGUUACCACCAGUGCUGACCUUUGAACUGUCCAGGUUUGAGUUCAAUCAGUCUUUAGGACGGCCAGAGAAAAUACAUAAGAAACUGGAGUUCCCGCAAAUUAUAUACAUGGACAGGUAUCUCCAUAAGAACAUUGAGCAGAUGCAAAGCCGGCGGGAUGAGGUGAAGAGGCUGAAGGAGCAGCUUGUUGUCCUGCAGCAGAAACUGGAGAGCUACAAGAAUUAUGGCUCGGGGCCCACCAAAUACCCCCUGGCAGACAUGUUGCAGUACGUGCUGGAGUUCGCCACCACCAGGCCUACGAGCGUUUCACCCACCGAGGACCUGAGGACUGCGCCCUCACCUACUCCACCCCCCUCCGACACCCCCCCACACACAGACCCUGCCCACGAGGGCCCCAGUCCAUCAGAACCAGGAGAUGCCGGCCCGUCCGAUGGUUCCAGCUGCUCACAACUCGCAACGCAGCGAACCCCCAUAUACAAGCCCUUCACCCAGUGCAGACCCCCCACAGACCCCCUACACCCAGCCCCCCACAGUGUCACGGAGAAGGAGCUGCACUUUGUCAAGGGCUGUCUGCAGCGCUGGAGGACAGAGGUGGAGAACAGCAUUAACGAGCUGAAGAGCACCAUGGAGAGGGCGAGCCAGACUCUGGAGGGAAUGUACGCUGACCGAAGCUUGUGCCAGGUUCCCUACCGGCUUCAUGCGGUGCUGGUCCACGAGGGCCAGGCCUCCGCGGGCCACUACUGGGCCUACAUCUUCGACCACUCCUGCAAGCGCUGGCUGAAGUGCAAUGACGUCUCGGUGAGCGAGUCGUCCUGGGAGGAGCUGCAGAGGGACUCAUACGGCGGCAUGACGAAUGCCAGCGCCUACUGCCUCAUGUACAUCGACGACAAGAUGCCACACCUCAUCGCAGAGGACAUGGAUGACGAGACGGGGCAAGUCCUACAGGGGAUGGACUCCCUGCCGGGGAUUCUGCGGCACUACGUGCGCGAGGACAACCGCUGGUUCCAGCAGGAGCUGCAGGAGUGGGAGGAGCAGUUCUGCAAGGCCCCGCAAGAGGAACCGGCCGUUCCCCCCCCGCAGGAGAACACGGAGAACAUGGAGAACCCUGAGCCAGAGCCUGCCGCAGAAGACCCCGCCCUGAGACAGCCAUCGCCCACUUCACCGCCAGCAGAGGAGGCUGGAGCCACCGAAGUGGAAUCGGCUCCAGUCGUCAGCGAUGCCCCAGACGAGGUGCAGGAGGCUCCCGCUCACCCCGGCAAUGAGGUGGAAGAGGAGCCCACUCAGGCGUCCCAGGUAGACCGGGCGGAGGAGGAGCCAGAGCCAGAGCCCAAACCAGAGGCAGAGCCGGCGCCGAAACCAGAACCGGAGCCAAAGCCAGAUGUGGAGGCGCAAGCGAAACUGGAGAGAGAGGCGGAGGCAGACGUGGAGGUCAAGGAAGAGGCGGGGGCAGGCGUGGAGGUGAAGAAAGAGGUGGAGGCAGGCGUGGAGGUGAAGAAAGAGGUGGAGGCAGGCGUGGAGGUGAAGAAAGAGGUGGAGGAAGACGCGGUGGUGAAGAAAGAGGUGGAGGAAGACGCGGUGGUGAAGAAUGAGGAGGAGGGGGGAGAGGCGGAAGCCAAGGUCAGCGACAUGGACGCAGAACCCAUGGAGGAGGGGGAGCCCGAACCUGAGGCUGAGGCCUCGGGCUUGGCAGCUGAGGCCGCAGCCACGCCCGCUCUGGAGCGUGAGAGGCCGCCGGAGAGCCAGGUGUCCGAGGUGGAGAUCCCCAACGUGGGGAAGAUCCUGGUGCGCGCCGACGCAGACGGGUACAACGAAGAGAUGAUGCUCACUCCUGCCAUGCAGGGGAUUAUCAUGGCCAUUGCCAAAGCCAGGGUGGUUUUCGACAGAGACGGGCCAGAGGCAGGACUCAUCAAGGCUUUCCACGAGGAGUACUCCCGCCUGCACGAGAUGUCGCAGGAAGAGACCACGCCCCAGCAGGACCCCCGGCUGCAGCACGUCCUGGUCUACUUCUUCCAGAACGACGCUCCUAACCGCGUGAUAGAGCGGGCCCUGCUGGAGCAGUUCACGGACCGGAACCUCAGCUUCGAUGAAAGGUCGAUCAGCAUCAUGAGAGAAGCUCGGAUAAAACUGCGCCUUAUCAAACCAGAGGACAUGGACAUGGAGGAGUACACGAAAUGGCACGAGGACUACAGCAUGUUCCGCACCGUGUUCCUCUACCUGCUGACGGGCCUGGAACUCUACCAGAACGGAAAGAUACGUGAGGCGCUGAACUACCUGGCCUACACGUACCAGCACAACGCAGAACUGCUGAGACACGGAGAAAGGAGAGGCGUGGAGCAGUCACUUAUUGCACUUUACAGGAGGAAAUGUCUGGUGGAGCUGAACGAGCGCGCGGCCACGCUGUUCAGGAGCGGAGAGGAGAGCGACGUGGCGGAGGGGGUGGGCAUCAUCAACGAGGCGGUCAUCCCCUGCAUGCACCUGAUGAUCCGUGACAGCAUCAGCCCAGAGGACCUGGACGCCAUCGAGGAGAUGAGGAGCCGCUGGUGCUCCUACCUGGGCCAGGAGAUGGAUGACAUCUUGCAGGAGAAGCUGAGCGAGUUCCUGCCCAGGAUUUUGGACUGCUCUACGGAGAUGGUGGUUCUGAAAGAGCCGCCCAGGGUUGGGCCGAACUCUCCGCACGAGUUGUGCAACAGACUCGCAGCGGUCAUGGAGUCCAUCCACAACGCCUCCAUCGUCGCGGUCAAGUAAGACUGAUCACUCGCUGGGCCGAUCACACCUACGGGAUGUCCCCUGUUGGGCCCUCUUUCUCUCGAGGAAGGUUUCCCAAACCCACUGGAUUAUCAGUAUUCAAGCACCUGCUUACUUCUUGUUUUAUUUUUGUUGGUUGAUUUUCUUUUAUAAAUCUAUGCAUUCUGGUUUAGACAUCCUGAGGCACACAUUGCUCAAAGUCUUGCUCAAAGUCCUGCUCAAAGUAGUUCGCGUUUUUUUUUGUUUUUUUUUACUAUUUCUUGUUGUUUUGGGUACUAAAGAGAUUAAACUGGGAGUAGCCACAGUGCCUCAGAAUGAAAGCCAAACCACGUUUAUUUUUUCUUUAUCUUUUAUUUCAACUUUCACAGCCAUUCACAAAUAAUAUAAAAUCUGAAUUUAAAUGUGACAUUUAAAUUCCCUUCAAAUCUUAAGGUUUGCUCACUCAAAAUUUGUUCAUUCACAUUUGCAAAAUAGUUUCACUGUUUUACAGUGGAAUUUGUCCAUGACCUAAAACUCCAAUAAACAUUCACCCUUUUCUUUCA